GUGGAGUACAGGUGCACCGGGGCUGAGCCCGGGUCGGGCCCACUGCGCGUGCGUCCCGCUGAUAGACAAACAGAGUAGCUAUUGUUAGCCGCGGACAGGAGUAGCCAGCAGGUUGUGUCAGAGUUUAUCCCACACUCACCACCUCACCUACCUGUUGAAUAUUCACAAAAACAUUUUAUUUUACUGUCGAAGAACAAACCCGAGCUGUGGGACAGGUGAGGAAAGGGAAAAGUGUGUCGCGGAAGGAAGGAAGACAGGAAAGAGGAAAGAAGGAAGUAAAUAAGGACAACACGACCGUUGGGCUUGGUACUCAACAGGUUAGCUACUUCAAUGUUCUAACAGCGGACUUUUUUUAAACUUCCAACGUCGAAAAUCUAACUAAAACAACUACAAACAUGCCGCUGGGACCAUGGAGGAAGAAAAACAAAUCGACGAAGGAGCAAUUAGUGGACAACGAGGAGGUCGGCGGCGGACACGCAGGUGCCGGGAGCUUGGCUAAAUCCGCCGUGAACGGAGCGGGGCUGCCGCCUCCACCUGCCAACCUGCGGCCCAAACUGGUGUUCCACACGCAGCUCGCGCACGGAAGUCCCACCGGCAGGAUCGAGGGAUUCUCCAACGUGAAGGAGUUGUACUCGAAAAUAGCAGAAGCGUUUAAUAUAAGCCCACCUGAGAUCAUGUUCUGCACCCUCAACACCCACAAAAUUGACAUGGACAAGCUGCUGGGGGGCCAGAUCGGCCUCGAGGAUUUUAUCUUCGCACACAUUAAAGGAAUCAAGAAGGAGGUGGAGAUUUUUAAAUCUGAAGAAGCCCUGGGCCUCACCAUCACCGACAACGGAGCGGGAUACGCGUUCAUUAAGCGUAUCAAAGAGGGCAGUGUCGUGGACGGGGUGAAGGUGAUCUCUGUGGGCGACCACGUAGAGUGCAUUAACGGACAUAACAUAGUCGGGACACGGCAUUAUGAGGUCGCACGCAUGCUUAAAGAGCUGCCCAAAGACAAGUCCUUCACCCUCAAACUGGUGGAGCCCAUGAAGGCCUUCGAAAUGCUUGAGCCCAGGUCAAAAGGCGCCAAACCUGCCAGCGACAACAAGAUCGGCACAGGGAGGGGGACCCUGAGACUUCGCUCCAAGGGCCCAGCUACUGUCGAGGAUGAGCCAACAGAAUUUGAGGAGAAGGCAGUGAAGAAAGUGGACGACCUCCUGGAGAGCUACAUGGGCAUCAGGGACACUGAACUUGCCGCUACGAUGGUCGAGGUCGGCCGCGACAAGAAGAACCCGGAUGAAUUCGCCAUGGCGUUAGACGAGACCCUCGGAGACUUCGCCUUUCCCGAUGAGUUUGUCUUUGACGUCUGGGGGGCCAUCGGAGACGCCAAGCAGGGAAGAUUCUAAGUUUUGCUCCAGCCACCCCCCCUCAAAACACACACACACACACACACACACACUCCCUUCGUCCCCAAAUCACCUCUUAUUAUCCUCCGAAGCAAACUGGACAAACUGAAAGCAGCACAAACUGGGGGUGGAGGAAGUGUUCUUACCGCUCUCGAGUGUAGCUUUGCACAUGGAGGGAGCGUCUGGUCAUGUCAUCCUAGUCAGUUUAUGUAAGGAAUGUUUUUGUACACCCUCCCCCUCCCCCGGAGAGACAUGAUCGCUCCAGUUGCAUCUUAAGAAGCUCAUGUUGCUGCACUUCUUGUCAGAGCAGCCAAUAUAGUCUACAGUGGUCUAUUACACUGGGUAUCAAAUGGUCUGUGCUCACCUUAAAUCUAACAAUCACUCUGUUUUAAUCACUUUAUAGCUGUGUCAUUUUGAACAUACAGAUUUUUAUAGCUUUUUCUUUUUAUAUAUAUAUAUAUAUAUAUAUGUGAAAAUGUUGCUGAUUUUAUAGCAGCAGCAUUGUGUAAUUAUAGUGAUUGUAGCAAUAUUUCUCUCAAGCAACUUGUGUUUUUAUUUCCCCUCCACCUCACGGUGAAGAAGUGUCGCAGCUCAUCACAACUCUUCUGUGCCCUCGCACUCCUUCCAUCUGUCGAGAGACGGAGCAAUACAGAGCAUUUUACCUUUUCAAAUCAAAAACCUUUCGCCAAGUUCGACGACACAUUCCUGAUGUUUCUCCUGUUUUAGUCCGUUAGCUUUAACAUGUCAUGAGAUGAGGCUUAGAGAUGCACGCUUAUUGUUUUUCCUGUAAUUUAUUUUGAUUUGAACGUAUUUACACUGAGACAGAAGAGUUCUUUCUUAAAUACGCCAUUUUGAGGGCUGUGUCUGGAAUGGGAUCAAUUGCAAUCCAAUGUCUUAAAUAAACUCAUUAAUGUAACUGCACUAUUUAAAUCACCGUCAAACUGAAUUUAAAUAGUGACUUGAUUAGUGUCAUCUGAUGUUAAUCGUUGGCAGUUGCAUAUUGUUUGACAAACCAUAAGGGAUCACUAUUGUUGGAUAGACAAUAAAAUUUGAUAUACUAUGA